ACUCCACCGUAUUCAUUCCCCACCCCGCUCGCGCGCGUCGCCUCAUCGCCGCCGGCGAUGUCCUCCUCCGUCUCCGUCGCGGCGGAGUGGGACCUCCUCUCCGACCGGUUCUACCGCCGCAUUGCCGUCUACUCCCCGCUGCCCUGGUCGCCCCCACCCGCCACAGCGGCCUCUUCGUCCUCCGGCGGCGGCGGCGGCGGGGGCAGCGGUGGCGUGCUCGGCCGCCUUGACCUGUCCACGCACAUCGUCGCAGCGGCGCCGUUCGGUGGCCCGAUCGCGGCCGUCCGCGACGACUCCAAGAUCGUGCAGCUCCACUCCGAGCCGUCGCGCCGCCGCCUACUCCUCUUCUCUUCCUCCGGCCACCCCAUCGCGUCCUCCCCCUGGCCGCCCCAACUCCCCCGCCUCCACUCGCUCGCGUUCUCCAGCUCCCUCAACCUCGUCGCGCUGCUCUCCGAUGGCUCCCUCCUCCGCUUCCGCCUCCCCGAUCUGAAGCCCAACCCUAGCUCCAUCCCCGUGCCCCUGCUUCCCCCCUCCUCCGGAGGCGUUGCUGACGCUGCCUUCUGGGGAGGUGGCGUAGUUGUUCUCACGGAGGACAACCGCGUCGUGGUGACCACGGACAUCGACGCCGCCGAUCCUCACCCACGCGAGCUACCCGACCCGAGCGUUGGUCCGGACGAACAGGUGCUGUGCAUGGCUGUGGUAGAGCCGCAAUUCGUCAUGUCUGGGAGCCCAGAGGUCUUGCUUGCGGUCGGUGGUCGAGUGUUGGUUGUUGAUGAAGAUGGCGUGCAGACACUCGGCGAGGGGCUUGAGAUUGGACCCGUGCAGAAGAUGGCAGUUUCACCCAAUGGGAAACUGCUUGCAGCAUUUGCACACGAUGGGCGCCUGCUUGUCAUCCCCACGGACUUCUCCAGGAUCAUCUUUGAGUAUGAGUGCGAUUCUGCAUUACCACCGGAUCAAAUAGCUUGGUGCGGAUUGGACAGCGUGCUCCUUUACUGGUCAGAAGUACUUCUGAUGGUUGGUCCAAAUGGAGAUCCGGUGCUGUAUAAUUAUGAUGAACCCAUAAAACUCAUCCCAGAGUGUGAUGGCGUCCGAAUCCUCUCAAAUUCAAGUAUGGAAUUUCUACACCGCGUCCCAGAUUCCACAACGUUAAUUUUUGGCAUUGGAAGCAUGUCCCCAGCAGCAUUGCUGUAUGAUGCUAGAGAUCACUAUGACAAACAAAGCGCCAAGGCAUAUGAUAAUUAUCAGCUAAUAUCGUCUUCCUUGCCUGAGGCAAUUGAGGCAUGUAUAGACGCUGCUGGUCAUGAGUUUGAUGUUUCACGCCAACAUUCAUUACUGAGAGCUGCUUCUUACGGCCUGGCUUUCUGCAGUCAAUUUCCACAUGAACGCUUUCAAGAAAUGUGCAAAACAUUACGUGUUCUCAAUUCUGUUCGUGAUCCUCAGAUUGGGAUGCCACUUACCAUUCAGCAGUACAAGCUGCUUACUGCACCAGUGCUCAUUGGACGUCUGAUUAACGCCAACCAGCACCUGUUGGCGCUUCGCAUUUCUGAGUACCUUAACCUGAAUCCGGAGGUCGUGAUUAUGCACUGGGCAUGUGAGAAAAUAACAGCAUCAGCAUCUAUUCCAGAUACAGUCCUUCUUGAGGCCUUGCUCGACAAGCUCAGGCUAUGCAAAAGCAUAUCAUAUGCUGCAGUAGCAGCUCAUGCAGAUAACAGUGGCAGGCGGAAGUUGGCUGCGAUGCUUGUUGACCAUGAGUCUCAAUCCUCAAAGCAGAUUCCCUUGCUGCUAAGCAUUGAUGAACAAGACAAGGCGUUAUCAAAGGCAAUUGAGAGUGGGGAUACCGAUCUUGUGUACCUUGUGCUUUUCCAUAUCUGGCAGAAGGUAGCUGUAGAAAAGGGUGCUCCAUUGGAUUUUUUUGGCCUAAUCAAUGCAAGGCCGUUGGCUCGCGAUUUGUUUAUAGCAUAUGCAAGGCAUUCUAAGCAUGAAGCUUUAAAGGACUUCUUUCUAUCAACAGGGAAACUUCAGGAUGUUGCCUUUCUUAUAUUGAAAGAGUCAAGGGAAUUGGAGAGGAAUCCAAUGGCAAGCAAGGGAUCUCCCCUUCAUGGUCCACAAGUUAGGCUCAUUGAUCAGGCCCGUAAACUUUUUGCUGACACCAAGGAAAAUGUUUUUGAAUCCAAAGCUUCUGAAGAGCAUGCGAAAUUGUUAAGAUCACAACAUGAGCUAGAAGUUUCGACAAAACAAGCUAUAUUUGUCGGUUCUAGUGUGAGCGAUACAAUCAAAACAUGUAUUGCCAUGGGAAAUGAACGAGCUGCACUCAAAGUGAAGACAGACUUCAAGGUUCCUGAUAAGAGGUGGUACUGGCUCAAAUCCUGUGCUUUAGCUACGGUUGGGAACUGGGAUGCAUUGGAAAAGUUUUCGAAAGAGAAGAGGCCACCAGGAGGCUAUAAACCUUUCGUGGAAGCAUGUAUUGAUGCUGGUCAAAAAACUGAAGCUGUCAAGUACAUUCCGAAGUUGACAGAUCCUCGUGAACGAUCUGAGGCAUAUGCACGAAUCAAGAUGGCAAAGGAAGCUGCAGAGGCAGCUUCACAGGUCAAAGAUAGCGAUGAGCUAUUUGGUCGCCUAAAGCUCACACUGGCGCAGAAUACAGCGGCAGCUUCAAUUUUCGAUACGUUACGGGAUCGGCUAUCCUUCCAAGGAACAUAUUGAUCUACACGUGUUUUGUGCACCCUUGGUACGUGACCGUAAUGGCGUAACCAGACCUGUGCCUUUUGGUGCUUUUGUUAUUUUCUUCGUUGUAUACCGGCCAACAUCCCCCCAGUGUGAAUACCUGUGUAAAAUGUGUAGAUGACGAUUUUGAAGUGCAAAUGUGGAUUUUCUUUUUAGAUAGAGAAGAUAGAGAGUGAGUAUAGGCAUCUUUGUUGCUAUGCCAUGUUAAAAGAGAACACCAGUGCUGGUAUGAUACCAAACAAUCUGGACACCACCCGAUUUCAUCGGAACCAUUGUUUUAUGACUUCAAACUUCUUACCAAGUACACCUCUCCGUUCAAAAAUAUAAA